AUGAGUCACAAAGAUGGUUUCUGCCCGCCUCAAACAAGCCGCCGAUCGAGUCCGCGUUCAUCGUUCAAGCCGCGACGUCCUCGAUCAUCGCGCAACCGCACUAGCAGCCUACUUACCACGUUCAAAGUAGACGCAGCUUACCAUCGUCAAUUUGUGUCUGUGCACAUCAACAACCAUCCAGUCCGCCUCCAAAUCGACACGGCAUCCGACAUAAACAUCAUCUCUCGUCGUAUAUGGCAGUCUUUGGGUCGUCCUACUCUCCAUCCGACAACUGAAUACGCCACCAGUGCCUGCGGUGGAUCCCUGACGUUACUCGGUAGAGUAGCCCGCACUGUCACUUUCAAUGACAAAUCCAUCGUCGGAGACUGCUUUGUGACACAAACCCACCUCAACCUAAUCGGCAUUGAUUGGCUGGAACCAUUAGGGCUACUGAACGCGCCCAUCAAUUCUGUCUGCAUAUCCAUAUUGUCCGUUUCGGAGAGCACCGAAAUGUCACCCCACGAUGCCACACAUUUUGCUGAUGUGUUCUAA